UAAUAGAUGAUUUUCUAUUUCUAUGUGUUCACACCAAACGUCCUUUGUUCAGUAGUUUGUCACAUUUAUUUCAUUUGUAAGACUUUGAAGUAUCAUUUUGACUCAUUUUGCUCUGCAAUUAAUGGAUGCUGAAUCAGUGAUUGAGUUCUUGGGUGAAGUGCCAUUGUUGCAGAGGCUACCUAGUUCUUCCCUCAUAAAAAUUGCUCAUCUUGUCAAGGUUAAACGUUAUGAUCGUGGAGAUUAUGUUAUCCGCGAAGGAGAAGCUGGGGAUGGAAUUUACUUCAUAUGGGAUGGGGAGGCAGAAGUCUGCAGUUUCAGCCAAGCUGAUGAUGAAAAUCGUCUCGAGUUCCAGCUGAAAAAAUUUGAUUAUUUUGGUCAUGGUUUGACAACAUCUACACAGCCUGCUGAGGUGAUCGCAUUGUCUAAGCUGACUUGCUUAGUGCUGCCUCAUGAGCAUAAUAAUCUGCUCCAGCCCAAAUCAAUUUGGAAUGCAGACAAAGAAAGAGAUACAUGCGCCCUUGUGGAGCACAUAUUGCACUUGGAGCCUAGAGAGGUGAACAUUUUCCAAGGUAUAACAUUGCCAGAUGCCCCUGUAAAUAACAAUGUGUUUGGAGGUCAGUUUCUUGGGCAGGCAUUGGCUGCAGCAUCAAAAACUGUCGAUUUUCUCAAAAUUGUUCAUAGUUUGCAUGCCUACUUCCUUCUUAUUGGAGAUUCUGACAUUCCAAUCAUAUAUCAAGUUUACCGUGUACGUGAUGGAAAGAGCUUUGCUACACGAAGGGUGGAUGCAAUUCAGAAAGGGAAUAUCGUAUUCACAUUGGUAGCUUCAUUUCAGAAAGAUGAAGAUGGAUUUGAUCACCAGGAAGCAAAAAUGCCUAAUGUGCCAGAUCCAGAAACGCUUUUAUCACUGGAAGAUUUGAGAGAAAUGCGCAAGACUGAUCCUCGGCUUCCCAGGACAUACCGAAAUAAGGUUGCUACUGCAAAUUUUGUACCUUGGCCAAUAGAAAUAAGGUUUUGUGAACCUAAUAAUGCCACUAGUCACACCAAGUCUCCUCCAAGUUUGAGAUAUUGGUUCAGAGCAAAAGGAAAACUUUCAGAUGACCAGGCUUUACAUAGAUGUGUUGCAGCAUAUGCAUCAGAUCUAAUCUUUAAUACUGUCAGUCUGAAUCCUCAUCGAAGGAAGGGUUUCAAGAUAGCUAAAGUUAGUCUGGAUCAUUCGAUUUGGUUUCACAGAUCUUUGAGAGCUGAUGAUUGGAUAUUGUUUGUGAUGCACAGUCCGACUGCUUAUAAUGCACGUGGCUUUGUGACGGGCCAAAUGUUUAAUAGGAAGGGAGAGCUUGUAGUGUCAUUGACUCAAGAGGCCUUAUUGAGGCCAGCCAGAAAACAACCUGCAUUCCAACCAAAGCUCUAAUCCAUGUCAGGUCCAAAGGAAAAAGAGGACUAGGUAAAACUGCAGAAAAGCUCAAAUAAAGUCCUAUAGAGGUCGCGAAAUACAAUUAAAAUAGCUGUUUUAAUUGUGGAAGAGUAUGAUGUAUCUAUAUUUUACAACUAUUAUACAGAACUACCCCACCAUUGUCUCUGUAACUCUCAUCUCACCUUUAUAUAUAACCCCACCAGAAGAGGCAUUGCUAUUGUUGCAUUGAUCAAUCUAUGGUUGUUUUAAAAUGUUGCAAAUAAUGCUUUGAUUUUGAAA